UUGGACUUUAGAAAAGAGGCCCAACUAUUGAGAAAGGAAGGAACAGCCAAGCGGAAGUGAAAGGUGCAAACGUAGAACCACCAAGAAAGACACCAACACUGAACUGUUGGUGCAAUUGGAGAAGGCAACAUCAACACUCAAAACUCAAACAAACCUUGCAAGGGAGAAUCAGUGAACCACAAAAUUAUUACUCACUCCUGUGUAAAUCCUCAUCUACAAGCAAUUAAUUCCAUUGUCAUUUUUUUUUUUUCCUGGUGUCCAACCGAGUGUACGACUUCACGCCAUCUUCGUAACCUUGCUUGAAAUCCUAGGAUCGCAUUUCACUCGCGGCUGCAGCAGGGAAGCACUCUUCUUUCUUUGCUCGUGUCCGAUCUGCCAUGGCUGAAGUCCUUCAAUAUUCAUCGCGCUAGAAUGCGAGUCCCUCGAUUUCUUUGAGUGAAGAAGGGUGGUCACAGUUUCCUUGAGGAAUGAUGAGAAAUCUCUCUGCAUCUCAUUCCUUUGGUCUUUUCGUGACCUCACCCAUCUUUUGUCCCAAUAACCUUCCUGCUAUCACUCUCUCCUCACGUUCCAGCAGAAGAUCUUCUCCUUCCAUUCAAUGUGCGGUUCAAUUCCGUCCCUGCAUCGACAUCCACAAGGGGAAAGUGAAGCAGAUUGUGGGGUCAACCUUGCAAGACUUGAAAGGGGGUGAUGGGUCGGAUCCUGUGACCAAUUUUGAGUCUGAUAAGUCAGCUGCUGAGUAUGCUACUCUUUACAGAGGAGAUGGACUCACGGGUGGCCACGUCAUCAUGCUUGGUGCAGACCCUUUGAGCAAAGCUUCUGCCUUGGAAGCGUUGCAUGCUUAUCCCGGCGGUCUACAAGUUGGAGGGGGGAUAAAUGCUGACAAUUGUUUGAGUUACAUAGAAGAGGGAGCGAGCCAUGUCAUUGUGACAUCUUAUGUAUUCAAUGACGGACAAAUGGAUAUUGGAAGGCUAAAAGAUCUUGUUCAAAUUGUUGGCAAAGAGAGGCUUGUGUUGGAUCUCAGUUGUAGAAAAAAGGAUGGUAAAUAUGCAAUUGUCACUGAUAGAUGGCAGAAGUUCAGUGAUGUUUUUGUUGAUCCUGGUGUUAUGGAAUUUCUUGCCAAUUUUGCUGAUGAGUUUUUGGUCCAUGGUGUUGAUGUUGAAGGGAAAAAGUUGGGAAUUGAUGAAGAGCUUGUUGCUUUGCUUGGCAAACAUUCACCAAUUCCUGUUACCUAUGCUGGUGGUGUGACUGGAAUGGCUGAUCUAGAGAGGAUAAAAAGCGCCGGAGUGGGGCGUGUGGAUGUGACUGUGGGUAGUGCCUUGGAUAUUUUUGGAGGAAACUUGUCUUAUGAAGAGGUCGUAGCUUGGCAUGUACAGCAAAAGGCCUAUGUAGUUUGAUUAAUAUGUUUUCUUCUAAUUGGAGAUAGGGACUGGUGUGCAAGGAUCUGUUUUUGGUAUUUCUCUAGAUGUGUAACCAUUUAUCAGGUUAUUUUUUAAUGACUGAAGGCAAAUUGAACAAUUGAUAACAGAAUAUCUAGUAUGAACUGAUUACUAUUUUAAUAAUACUAAGUCUUCAAAAA